AUGUACGGCAAUGUCAGUGAAGUCUCUCAAUUGAUAGUGGAAAACAACUUUUGGGAUUAUUUCAAUAUGGAGAGCUCGGAUAAUGUAACUGAUGGAGGUAUUAAAAAAAUAUGUGAAUCGAACGGGUGCCCUGUGUGCAGUGUGCUGCUGGUGGCCGGUGCGAUAGGAAACGUGGCUGUGUUCGCAUCCCUGCUGAGGUCCAGACGCAGGAAGUCCAGGGUCAACCUGCUGAUGACGCACCUAGUGGUCGCCGAUAUGAUGGUGACCUUCAUUGUCAUACCGCUGGAGUCUAAGGUCAACCUGCUGACGACGUACCAGGUGAUCGCCGAUAUGAUGGUGACCUUCAUUGUCAUACCGCUGGAGGUAAACUCUUUUUCAGAGCUGGAGAGAUUUAUGAAGUCUAGGCGCAGGAAGUCCAGGGUCUAG